AUGAAUGUAGUCAGAGAGAUCAGCCGAAUAAAUGAACUUGAGCUGAAGCUCGGGAGCAGCGCAUCAUGGCACGACGAAUACAAAGAUUCUGCGUACAUCUUCAUUGGCGGUCUCAACUUUGAACUCACGGAAGGGGAUGUUAUAACAAUAUUCUCGCAGUAUGGGGAAGUCAUGGAUGUGAAUAUGCCGCGAGACAAAGAAACCGGUAAACCGAGAGGCUUUGCAUUCCUCAUGUACGAAGACCAGCGAUCUACAGUCCUCGCGGUUGAUAAUCUAAAUGGGGCCCAAGUGCUGGAGAAGACAUUGCGUGUUGACCAUGUGAAGAACUACAAACAACCGAAAGCCAAGGGAGACGAUGGUGAAUGGGUGGAGGCUGAGGAACAAAACGAUGCCGCAGCGUCCGAUUCGUCCGAAUCCGGUCCUGAUAUAGAUCCAGAAGACCCCAUGCGUGACUUCCUCCUUGCGAAGUGGAGGGAAGAGAAGGCAUUGAAGAAGCCGAAGAAGAAGAAAUCCAAAGACAAACGCAAAGACGAGACACCGGAGGAACGGCGUGCUAGAAAGGCACGUAAAAAAGAGAAGAAAGCACGGAAGCAGACCUCGGAUGGAAUGAAGGGCGUGGAAGCGCUAUUGAGUUCCCUUGGACGCCCUCGUGAAGGACGGGAAAGAUCUCGGAGCCCGCCGUCGAGGAAAAGACCCAGGUCUCGAAGUAACUCCCCGCAUGGUCGACAUACCUCAUUGCGCAGGACUCCACCCCGGUCUCCUUCCCCCGCCAGACGACGUGACAGAUACGACGAGAGAGCCAGAGAUAACCGCGACCGCGAGAGGAGUUGA